AGAAGGCAGGUAGGCAGGUCUUGUAUCCCUCCUCCUCCUCCUCCUCUUAAGCUUGGUAGUAUAGUCUUUGGCCGGCUAGAGCUUCUUCCUCUUCAGUCCCGUUGCGAUCGUCUUCCGAGUCGCUUCAUUAUUAUUCCCGUCCAGUUUGGUGUCGCCCGCGUGUUGACUCGAGUCGUGCAAAUCAUUUCUCGUUCAAAUCGUUUCGUCGUUUUUAAAUAUUUUUUUGGGACCCAAAAACAAAAGUCAUCGACACUUUUUGUGUGUUGUAACCAAAAACGCCCUGAAAAUUCCGGAAAUCAAAGUGUUUGUGUGUGUGUGUGUGUGUGUGACAUUGACAGAAUAACCAACCCGAAAGAAAAAAAUUCAAAUCUAAACACGCGCGCGGGCAGUAGUGGGCUAGUGGCAUUCACCUUUCGAUUUUUCCUCGGCUUGUCACAGCUCCAAAAACAGCCGUGUGUGUGUGUGUAUGUGUGUGUGUGUGUGUGUGUGAUCGUUCACUGAUCAAUUCACGCCUUGGGAUACAAGCACACAUCGACUUGUCUCAGUCUGUCUACCUGUUGGAAGAAAUUCAUUCAUUUUUUUUUUGUCUCCAGCUGGCCGGAAUUUUCGCUUCAUCCGGGAAUUUCAAUUUCUAAUUCAAGGAAUGAUGUUGAAGAUCAGACGACGCUGGAAGAAAAGAAGUUGAUAUCGUCCAAUUUGACCGUCGAAAUCUCUUUCGUCACGACAUUUUUGAUCCGUCGCCCGUCUAAUCCAUUGAGAGUUGAAACGUCGGACCAGACAAACUCCUAGACGAUUUGGGUGAAUUUGAUUUAAUUGAAUUAAAGAAGAUAGAAAGAAAGCGGAAGAGAAAAUGGAUGUAUUCAAAAUCGACCAAUCGAUGGGCGGAUUGGGUUCCGGUUCGCGAGUGACGGAAUCGAGUCGCCACCACCAGGUGACGACGGAAGUGAGUUUCGACACGACUUCCGACUUUAAUUUGAGCUUCUUCGACUCGUCGUCGACGCCGCCGACGCCGCCGCCCAACGGCGGAGUGUCGACCGGAGCCGGGGCUUCAUCGUCAUCGUCGUCGACGUCGUCGUCGGGCGUCGUCCUCAAGGAGGAAUACGACGAGCCUUCGCCUCCGCCACAGCAACAACAGGACGGCGGAGUGUUUGACGCUCUCUCCGGUGGAGGCGAUGGCUGCGGAAUGUUCAACAGCCCGCCGCCGACGACGCCACCGUCGCCCGGAGGUCUCGAUUCCGCCUCAAAUCCGCUCAGCGGCGUCGGCGUCGGCGGUGACUCGGGCGUCAAAAUCAAAAGCGAAUUCGACGUGACCAACAGUUUCAACGGCGGCCAGCAACAACAACAUCGAGCCCUCGUCGCUCCGCCCAGGUCGUCGCUCAGCCUCUUCCCACCGCCAAAGGCCGGCAACAACAAUCCACCGCCCACGCCGCCCUCCACCCCAAUCACGCUCAAAAACGAACCCGGUUUGCUGGGGUCGUCGUCGUCGUCGGCCGAGUCUAAUGGCGCCGGAAGCAGUAAAUCUUUCGUCCCGUGUAAAGUUUGCGGAGAUAAAGCCUCCGGCUAUCAUUACGGCGUAACAUCGUGCGAAGGCUGUAAAGGUUUCUUCCGGCGGAGCAUUCAGAAGCAGAUCGAGUACCGGUGCUUGCGUGAUGGCAAAUGUCUGGUCAUCCGUCUCAACCGCAACCGUUGCCAGUACUGCCGUUUCAAGAAAUGUUUGGCCGUCGGCAUGUCCCGCGACUCGGUGCGUUACGGACGAGUGCCGAAGCGAUCGAGGGAGCGUGGCGGAUCGACGAACGGAGACGAUUGCAGCAACGGGGCCGGCAUCCGCAGUCCCGGUGGAUUCGCAGAUCCGUCAACGCCAGACAGUUCCGACAGUUGCGGUCUGCAGGGUCAGCAACAAAUGCAAAUUAGCUCCAACAAUAACAACAACAGCAACAGCAAUGGCGGCAUCAGUCAACAACAACAACUUCACCAACAACAACAAAUACAAAUACAACAUCAACAACAACAGCAGCAGCAGCAGCAACAACAACAGCAACAACAAAGAGACCCGGAGAGCCGCCAGUUAGCCAUUUACGACACGAUCCUAACCGUGUCGCAAGCCCAUCACGCUCAUUGUGCCUACACAGAAGAGAAGACCCGCAACAUUGUCCGCACUCCCGUACCCAUCGUGAUGGACGAAGGUGGGAACAACGACAACGCGGAUGAGACCCGACGAAUAGCCACCUGGUCGGCGCUGGCCACUCACAUGACGCCGUCCAUCCAGCGCGUCGUCGAAUUCGCCAAACGUGUUCCAGGUUUCCCGGAGUUGAGUCAGGACGAUCAGUUGAUCCUGAUCAAGAUUGGAUUUUUCGAAGUGUGGCUGGGCCACGUCAGUCGACUGAUCAACAGCCAGGAAGGAACGAUGACAUUGACGGACGGUGUGACCCUAUCCAAGCAACAGAUGGACCUCAUCUUUGACGCUGAUUUUAUCCAGACCGUCAUGGGAUUCGCCGAAGGCUUGAACCAAAUGUCGAUGAACGAUAGUGAAAUGGCUCUUUUUUCGGCCGCCGUUCUCCUAUCACCCGAUCGGCCCGUCAUUAACGACGCCAAGGGCAUCGCUCAGUACCAGGAACGCAUCACCGACGCUCUUCGAUUACAGUUGUUGAGAAAUCACGCCAGCGACCCGGGCCUGAUCAACGCCGUUCUCCAGAAGAUUGUCGAGCUGAGGGCCAUUGGCCACCGACAUCAGUCGCAGCUGGACUGGUACCGUCGCCGCUGGAGUUUGCUCGUUCACCUGCCCCCGCUCUUCGCCGAAAUGUUUGACAUCCCCCGCAGCGAGGAAGAUCUGGCUUGAAAACCAUGAGACAGUGUCACGCUUCUUUUCUCUUCUCUCAAUUCUUCAGAGGAAUUUUUAAAAUUUUAUUUUUUAAAGAGGAAAAAGAAAACCAAACAACCGAUGGAAAGGGAUGAUAAACUUUUUGAUUUUUAUAGUUUUGAAAUAGGAUAUUCGGACUCGAACGGUUCUCAAACCCAUCCAUCCAUAGAAUUAUAUGUUUACACGAAUAAUAAUUUUCACAAUUUCGCGCUCACGAGUUUCAUAUAUUUUCCCCCCAGAAAAAAAACAACAAACAAUCGAGAAAAUCUUUUGAGAACAUAUUUUAAGAAAUUGAGAUUUUUUUGCUUUAGUUUGUUAUUAUAUCAUCACACCGUGUGUACAUAUAAUUACCAAAUAUUUUUUAAAUAAUGAUCAAGAACUAUUCGAUAUUUUGAUCUUCUUAUUCUCACGAGUUCAAACCUUUUCCGUCCUUUUCUCUCUUAUAUAUUUUUCGACAUUUUGAAAUGUGUUUGGUUUGUUCCCCAGAUGAUUUUGUUUGUUUGUUUGCCUUAUAUUCAACUGUGUUGUUUUUUUCAUUUUCUACGAAAUAUUUCUCAUUCUUCAUCGCAUUUUAAACACAUUCGUCUCCCCCAAAUGUCCCAAAGAAAAAAGUUCACCAACCCGAAAAGUUAAAAAAACAAAAACAAAAAGGAUAAAAAAAAAUAAUAAUAAUAACCCCGAAUGAUGAAAUGAAAACUAAUUUAUAUCAUUUCCUUUUUUUAUAUAUAUAUACAUAUAAAAUAUAAAUAUAUAUAUAUAUUCGGUAUAUAUAAUAUUCCCCCAUGCUGUUGUGUAAUACGCUCUUAUUCCAUCUGAUGCCCCUCUCUCUCUCUUUCAUUCACGUAUAUAAGAACACACGCACUCACACAACCCAGUUUGAUGUACGACGGUGAAAAUAUGUUUGUUCUAUAUUUAAUUCUCUAUACAGUUUUUAAAAAUAA